AUGGUUUCUCAACUGCAUCCGUCCAUGGAAGACAAGUUACCAGAAAAUGUGAUGUUCGACAUUUUAUCAAGACUUUCGGUCAAAUCAGUCAUCUACUGCAAGUGCGUGUGCAAAAAGUGGCGGAAUCUUGUUUCAGAUUCUUACUUUGUUCAUCUUCAUCACUCGAGAUUGCCUUCGUGCCUAAUGAUUGACUGUGGCCCGAUUUUAGAGUUGGUGGAAGUCGAACACGAAGUUGAGUACCAUCGUUUAACCCUCAAUCAUGUCAAGACUCUUAAUCUUCAUCUUAGUGCAGUUCACGCUAGUAAUCAGAUAUUUCAAGUCGAUUCAGUCAAUGGUUUGAUCUGCGUAUGUCAUCGAUAUGAUGCCACUUACAUAUUCAAUCCUGUUGUCGAAGAAUAUAUGAUCCUUCCAGCUGAACCAGGAUUGAAGCGUUUGUUGCUAAGUUAUGGCUUCGGAGUUUCGAUGCAAGGGGAAUACAAAGUGAUACGAAUUAGCGGCAGGAGAAUAUCCUUAAAUCCAUCUGUUCAUGUGGUUGAAAUCGAUGUUUACACCCUUGGCACAGACCAAUGGAGAAGUUUGGGACAAACCCCUUACUAUCUUUAUAACUUACUAGGGAAAGUGAGUUCUGGUGUAUUUGUGAGUGGUCAUGUCUACUGGAUCGCCUAUGGCCAAAUUUACGAUUUCGAUUUGACUACAGAGACAUUUAAGUUAUUUACAUCGCCUCCGGGGGAUAACCAAAGAUCAAAGCAAAUGCUAGGAGUCCUAAAAGGUAGCUUAAGUCAUUUUUCUUGGUGUUGGUUAGGAUUGGAGGUUUGGGUGAUGAAGGAAGAAUCUUGGUAUAAAGUGCUAGCAAUCCCAGAAAAUAUAAAGUGUCUUGUUGAUGGUUCGAACGGUACUACCUAG